AUGAAGGGCUGUCUGACAUGGACGCCCAAUGUAGAGAGGACACUUGCUGCCUGGAUCCCCUGCAUCGUUGUCACUUUCAUGUUUUUCGUUUUCACAAUGGCGAAGCUCCGCAGAUCUGUCAUAGGAUCUCGUUUCACAAAAGACUGGAGCUUCAUCACCCUCCUUCAAGACUCGUCUAAUUUCUCCCCGCUUCUCAUGAUCCUGAUGAGAGAUGGCUCCCUCUACUUCUUCGCAAUAUUUGCUUCCCUGGCAACUCAAGCAACGAUUCAAGUCUACAUGCAGGGACUGUACUUCACCUCCGUUCAUCCUUGGCUUCACGUGGUCUUUUCGUGCGCGUGUUCGCGUCUCGUCCUCAAUCUAUACAACUACGGCGGGGGAACCGAUUCCUUGCAUUGCUCGACAUAUGUGCGGGAUGAGCAGGAGCUCCGUGUAAUUCGGUUUGUUGGGCAGAACACGUACAUACGCGACCCUGGCAACAGGAGCUAG